CGGGCCACGCGCGCCGCGCGUCCCCUCGCAUGCGCAGUCCCGCCGCGGGGCACGCCGGGAGCGCGAGUCCCGCCGCGCUGGACUACAGCUCCCAUGGUGCAGCGCGCUCGCGCCCGCGCCCCCUGGCGGCGGCGGCGGCGGCCCCGACGGGGUGGGUCGGGACGAGAGCGGAGCCCGAGACGCGGCGGAGGCUCCGGGCGGUGGCGGAGCCCGGGGAACACGGAGGAGCCCGGCUGACCCGCGCCUCUCCGGCCCGAGCUCAGCGUGUCUCGGGUUGGGCCGCAGAUGGACGCCACUGUCCGCAGGUCCUGGGCCACAGCUGCCCCGCGCCCUCCGCCUCACCCGGCGCUCUGUGCCCGAGGCGCUCGUCCCUUGCCCGCCCAUCGCGGCUGACGGCGGAUACCGGAGUGUGCCGUCCCCGCGGUGGUAGGAAAGUGACCGCGGCCAGUGACCCGGGACAGCCGUCGGGGCGCCGAUUUAUGAAUGGGAGGCACCGCCCCGGCCCCCGCCCCGCCCAUUCGCCGCCACCGCCCCUCCCCGGGCCGCCCAUCCCCGGCCGAUCGCGCCGUCGGGGCCGGUCGCCGGUCGCCGCCGUGGCCAUGGCCCAUCGCCCGUCGCCCGUCUGUCGCCCGCCGCCCGCCGCCAUGAGGCGCGGGGGCCCCGCCGCCAUCGCCGCCUGCCUCGCCGGGGCACUCGCCGUGCUGGCGGGGCCGGGGCCGGGGCCGGGCAGUGCCGCCGGGACCGGCCGGCGGCCCCCCCGCAGCUACGGGCACCUGGAGGGCGACGUGCGCUGGCGGCGGCUCUUCUCCGCCACCCGCUUCUUCCUGCGCAUCGACGGCGGCGGCGGCGUGGAGGGAACGCGCUGGAGGGAGCGGCCGGGCAGCAUCGUUGAGAUCCGGUCGGUGCGUGUCGGCGUCGUGGCUAUCCGGGCGGUGCACACCGGCUUCUACCUGGCCAUGAACAAGCGGGGGAGGCUCUACGGAAGGAGUUCAGCCCCAACUGCAAAUUCACGGAGCGCAUCGAAGAGAACGGCUACAACACCUACGCGUCGCUGCGCUGGCGGCACCGCGGCCGCCCCAUGUUCCUCUCGCUCAAUAGCAAGGGCCGGCCACAGCGAGGGGGCAGGACACGCCGGCAGCACCUCUCCACACACUUCCUCCCCAUGCUCGUCAGCUGAACGCCGUGGGCAGCUCCAGACGGUCCUGUAGGAAGAAAAAAAAAAAAACCAAACAAAAAUGUUAUUUUAUUUAUGUACAUAUAUAUUUUUUGCUAUUUAUUGCUUUAUUUUUAAUGCAUGGCAGAGGAGGGAUGUGGAAGGCAGAUGCUUCAGACUCAGCCGUGCGGGGCUGUGGUUCUCCCACUGUUCCCAAAUUUGCCCUAAAGCAGGACAGCCUGGCACAGCGCUGGUGUGGUGCAGUUGGGGAACACUGGAGCAGGGGCCAGGAUCUGCUAAUGGCAUCUCUGCAGGGCUGGGAUGUACCAGCAGGUUGUCUGUGUCCGAGCUUCCGUGGCAAUUAAAGCUGUGUUCAUGGUAUGGAACAGGA